UGGAGAAGAAUAUAAUGCUUCUAUACCAGGCAAGGGCAAACUUUGCCCAUGUCUGGAGUUAGGAAUUGUAGGAGUUGAAAUCCAAAACAAUUUGACAGAAAACUGGGAGUUGUAGUUUGGCAUGGUACUGGCUCUCUUCUGCAGGGAAGGCUAGGGACUUUGUAAAACUACAGCUCACAUGACAUGGCACUGAAUCUGUUGCAAUUGAGCUGGUGCCAGAAUCCUUUCCGGGAGAUCUCCUCAGUGGAGAUAUCUCUUAAAGGGAUAUCCUCUGGCUCUAAGGAUUCCGUUUAGGAAGGCAAGCCUUGUUUUGGUAUUCCCCUUUAAGCCUGGCUGAAGAAGCAAAACCAAACGGCGGCUCCAGGGCGAGGAGAAGGCCAAGCGCAGGCAGGCAUGGCUCUUCUCUCUUCUCUUCACUCCCUCCCUGCUUCGCGGAAGGCUUCUACUGAGCCGGUGUGGUCCCCGCGGGGGGGGGGGAGGGGGGGGGCGAUCCGAAGACAUCAGAAACAAACGAAAAAAAGGGCACCUCCAUUUCUGGCCAGUUACUGACCAUCCUCCCCUGGAUCUUUAACCCUCGAUGAUGAUUCUGUCAGUCUGGCCAAAACGCUGUUAUCGUCCCCGGCUGCUGUGGGGACUGCUCUCCACCAUGAUGGUUCUCUUGACCCUUCGCUUCCUGAUCAGUGGGGGCCAUGAGGAGCUGCUCUCACAUUCACUGCCUUACUUCAUGCCGGGAGGGGGACACCCCAUCAGCCCCCCACUCCUGCCCUCCUCAGAUGACUUCCUCCUUCUGCCAACACCAAAGGCUUGCUCUCCCAGGGCUCCUUCUCUCCUGGUCCUGGUGGUCAGCACUCCUCACCAUGCAACUCAGCGACAGGCAAUCCGGUCCACAUGGGGAGGGGCCCACUGGGCCGGGAAGUUCAUGGUCCGGACUUUCUUUGCCUUGGGGCUGCCCCGGGAACCCUCGCUUCAGUCAGUGCUAGAACGGGAGGCGGCAGAGCACCACGACCUCGUCCAGGGCCGCUUCUUGGACACCUACGGCAACCUGACACUGAAGACACUGUCCCUCAUGGGUUGGGCAGCCACCCACUGCCCUGGUGCCCUCUUCUUGGUCAAGGUAGAUGAUGAUAUCUUCCUCAACCUGCCCGGCCUGGCUGAGGAACUGGAACACCGCACCACACUGACAUUUACAUACCUAGGCCAGAUCCACUGGCGGGUCUGGCCCAACCGGGACUCCCGCAGCAGGCACUACAUCCCCGCCAGCCUUUAUCCAGCGGGGCACUUUCCUCCCUACUGCGGCGGUGGAGUCUAUGUCCUUUCAGGGGCUGCUGUGCCCGUUUUGUUGGGGGCAUCCCGCCAUGUGCCCCUGGUGCCUGUGGAGGACAUCUUCGUGGGGCUCUGUGCCCAUUGGGCAGGCAUUGUCCCCCAGCAUCUGGCCCGGCUAACUGGCGGGGCCUACUUCCCGCCAGACCGCUGUUGCUACCAGGGGGUUCUCCUCAGCGUACACAAGGUGACCCCUGUUGAGAUGGCAGCUGUCUGGGACUCAACCACCCCCUACAAGGAGACAUGCCAGGUCUGGCAGUGGGCACUGGGGUACUUGAGGUGCAAGGCCCUGGCCUGGAUGGCUGCCUUGUGAGCCAAGUGUCUCUGGACAAAGGGGCAGCCGGCUGAAAGUUCAUGCUAGCUAGAGGUCAAGCUGUGGCCGAGGCUCUGGUCAAGCUGUUGGGCAUCUCUCCAUCUGUCCGUCCAUCUAUCUUGGUCUUUCAGCUCCUGUUGAUUUUUUUUUCUUUUUGGAUUUUAUUAUUUACUAGCUUGGGGACCCAGCAAUGCCCGGGUUAUCUGAAGAAGGCAUUAUUUGUCUUUGAAUGUUAGGUAUUCUCAGUUUGGAGUGGGUGAAUUACAAUUCCCAGAAUCGUGGGUCAAUCCUCCCCAAACCCUGCCAGAAUUCAAAGUUGGCCAUUUUGGGUCUGUAUACCAAGUGUGGUCCAGAUCUGUUGUUGGCUGGUCAUCGCCUGGCUGCAGUGCUCUCUGGAUGGGAGUGAACUACUACAACUCCCAGAUUUCUGGGGCAAGUGUCCCGAAACAUCUGUCAGUAUCCACAGCAGGCAAUGUUAAGUCUGCGUGCCAAGUUUGGUCCAGAUCCGUCAUUGGCUGGGUCAGUGUUCUUUGCAUGCAGGUGAACUACAACUCCCAAAAUCAAGGCCCACUCCCACAAACCUCUGCAGUAUGUUCAGUUGGUCAUGAGGCUUCUCUGUGCAAAGUUUGGUCCCGGUCCAUUGUCAGUGGGGGUCACUGUUUCUCUGGAUGCAGGUGAACUAUAACUUACUUUUGCUCAAACUUGUCCAAUAUGUUCUAUGGUUAUGGGGGCUCUGUGUGCCAAGUUUGGUCCUGGUCCAUCAUCGGAGGGGUUUGGAGUGCUCAUUCAUUGCGGGUAAACUAUAAAUCCCAGUACCUACUAUUCCCAAAUGUCCAGGCCAAUUCUCCUCCAAACCCACCAGUAUUCAAAUCUGGGCAUAUCAGGUAUGCAUGGCAAGUUUGGCCCAGACCCAUCAUUGUUUGGGUUCAUAGUGUUCUGGGUGUAGGUGAACUACAACUCCUCUAAAUUCCCCAGUAGGAGUCACAGUGCUCUGACUUGAUGCAGAGUGAACUACAACUUCCACCAUGUGGAGUCAAUUCCCCAAACUCCUCCAAUAGUGUAGUUGCUGCUCAGUUCUUCUGUGUUUGUUAUGCAGAUAGAUUUGAAAGGGAAGGGCAGUAGACGGAGCCAUGCAAAUUCCACAUCAAUAGAGAACCCUGGGAUGCCUGCCUGUGGUGGAGGACAAUGCAAAAUCUAGGAUUAAAUGGUCCCCAAAUGAAAGUAUUCCUUGGGUGGUGGGCUGUAGUGUUUGGGGAGGACAUUGGCAGGGGUUGAGGGUACAUGUUCAUGGUGCUCACUGUAACCUGCAAUGUCAGUUGAUGGAGUGACUUGGUGGCUCCUCAGCACUGGGAACUGAAGCCUGUUUGUGGAGGCUGGAGGCUGUCAGUCUGAGCAGACAGCCUUGCCACAUACACACAUACAGGUUUUCACUUUUAUUAUGGAUAUAGAAUAUAGAAUAGAAUAUAGAAUAGAAUAUAUAGAUUUCUGAAAAUUAUAGAGAUAACAAUGCACUACAGUACAAACCUUCUCUAAAUCAAUAUAGACAACUAUUUACAGCUUUUGUAAUUGAGUUCCAGGAUCAGUUUGUACUUUGCUUUUCAAUAUAGAUCCUCAAUUUCUCCUUGAAUCCCUCCCCCACCCCAUCCUCUCUUCUUCCUGCCCCCCACCUGGGUCAGUUUAUAUCAAUAUAUCAAUUUAAUCGUCUGGAUGGCUUGGCUCAAAAUUCUGUACAUAUCAUUCUUUCCAUUUUGUCCAUUAAACAAUACUAUUUCCUA